UAUUUAUAGACGUGUCAUCGAAGAAGUAAAGAAUUGUUCGAAACACUUGCUGACUUGGGCUGUAAUACGCCUUAUUUUGUCGUAAAUCCUGCCUUGGGCGAAAGAUUUAAACAGAAUGUCAGGCAAGCCUCCCCCUGGGCAAUACCCACCACCAGGACAAUACCCACCGCCUGGACAAUACCCUGCUCCUGGACAACACCCUCCUCCUGGUCAGUACCCAGCUCCUGGACAAUACCCAGCUCCUGGUCAAUAUCCUGCUCCAGGAACAUAUCCUCCGCCAGGAAACUAUCCCCCUCCACAAGGAGGAUACUAUCCUCCUCCUGGUCAAGCUGGAGGCUAUUACCCACCACAGCCAGGGUAUCAACCUGGUGGUCAAAUUCCAGGAGGUUUACCCCCGGGAGUACCUGGCAUACCACCAGCAAACCAUCCUCUGGCUGGAUAUCCCAACCCUCCACCGUACUCUGGUCCACCACCACCAGGCCAGUAUCCUGGAGCACCUGCAGGAUAUGGACCACCUCCUGGACAACAAGCAGGCUCUUACCCUAUUCCAGGGGCUUAUAGCACCACAAAUUAUAACGGAUCUGAAAGUGACAGUGAACCUGAUGGUUAUGGUCCAAGAACAAGAUUUGAGAAAAAUCCAGUCACCAUCAAAUUCAUCAAUCGUUCUGGAAAGAAAGUGUUGCUUUUUAAGAUUGACAAAAAGGGCAAACAUAAGAAAGUUAGGAAGAUGAAAGAUGGCAAAUCAGAAACAAUUGAAACCUAUGAAAGCUCAGCUUUCACCGCCAUGAGCAUGAGGGAUGAUGAAGAUGGCAUGGUCAUUGGAGACAAUGCUGUUUACUUUGCUUCUUCUCAACACAAAGAGGUGGAAAUCAAGAGAGAGCCACGUGACAUCAGUAAGCUGAAGUCCAAGACAGACGCAACUGCUCCAGUUCUAGUGAAGUUCAUUAACAGAUCCGAGCGUAAAGUAAGAAUUGAAUGGGUCAACACUAAUGGCCACAGAGAAUCAAAGAAAGAUCUCAAACCAGGUCGAUGUUGGUCUGUUAACACCCUUGAGGGGCAUUGCUGGGUGUGUUCCGAUCCUCAUGACGAGUAUGAAACUAUGCUGAUGAAUUAUGGGAGAUUCUACUGGCCAAGGAGGAGUGGUGCCAAGAAGGAAAGGGUCGUCAUCACUGAAGAUUUCUGGGAAUUCAGUAGCAGCUCCAGCAGUAGUAGCAGCAGCUCAGACUACGAAGAAUGAUCAAUGAAAAUAGAAAUUGGACUGAUAGAAACAGUAGAAAUCAAACCUUUUUCGUGCGCAUUUAUAAUUUUGUAGAAUGGAAGAAUUGUAUAAUAAUCAAUAAAACUCAGAAAAAUUCACAUAUUAUUUUAAUGAUUUUUGUUCCAUACUGCUUCCUUUUUCACCUUUUGUUAGGAUAUAUGUACAAUAAAAACAUUGCAAAUAGUUCAAGGCACACAUAGCAAGAAAUGGAAAUUGUCCUAUUGCAAGACUUAAAGGAACUGUACUUAAUCGUAGUUUCAUUGAGUAAAUAUUUCCUAAUAAAUAAUAAAAUAUUUACAAAACAGAAAUA